UCUGCUACGCGUCAUAAAAAUUUUUGUCGAGCUUAUUCGACUCUAAAUAUUUCAUAAAUUUAUCCUUUUUAAAGAAACUUUCAUAAAUGGAUAUUGCAACUGUAAGCUGAUGGAUCACCUCACGUGAAUCUACGCCGGCUACACAAUGACACCUAUCUGUUGAUAGAUACAGUCAGCGCAGUGUUCAAUUCAGGUUUCAAAGUGUCUAACAAUGACUCUCCUUUGUCCUUGUAUGUGUCGUCAUGGCAGGAAGGUUUGAGAUAAACACGCCUUCUCCAUCGAGUAGCACUCCUUCUCCAUCAAGCUCGGGAUUUCAUUGGCCUCUGUUAUGGAACAGCCCAACUCCGGCCGGACAGUUUCUCAGAUCUGUCUCGGAUCAACAGGGCCAGGCCACUCCAACUACGAGCCGACAAUUAAGCUACCAAAUGAACAGCAACUGGCGUGUUGCUUUGCGUUGUAAACAACACGUCGGAACUCAAGAAUGGAUCAACUGCAAGCACAAUUCUUGUGUCCAUCUUCGUGAUGAGCUGCAUCAUUUAUUGGAAUGUCCUUGUCGUAUCAUUGGCGGCUGUAAAACACGUUGUCAUGUUUUGAGAGAAGAACUAAAGAAGAUUAGGGAACAAACGACAAAACAUCCCACCAUCCCAGAUGAAGAUCGUCGCAUCCCGGGAAGCAAUAAGCUUCAGGUGAAGCUACAAGUUUUAACUAUUGUCGACUAUGUUGAAAACUGUACCUAUUCCCCCACCUCUCCUGCUGUUGACGAACCCUUCCAGUCUCCGGCGGAAAGAAGUGAAGAUGCUUCUGAUACUGCUAUUGAACUUAUUCCUCUUGAUCAGAAUCAAUUGUCGGUGACAAAUGGGCACUUCAGAAAAGGCACUGAAUGGGAAAAGAUACAUUUUCUUGGAAAAGGAACAUUUGGUUCAACGUAUCUCUGUUUUGAUCGCAUAAGGAGCUUCCAUUUUGCAAUUAAAAAGUUGCAAGUGUCAAAAUUUCACGAGGAAGAAAUAAAAAUAUGGCAGAAACUCAGUGGAAAGCAUCCGAAUAUUCUCGAACUUUAUGGCGCAGUUCAACGAAGACAACGCAUAUUGAUCUUCAUGGAGUACAUGAACGGCGGUUCUGUUGGUGAUUUUCUGGCCAGACAUGGCGCGCUCAGCGAAAGAAAUGCUUUGAAAAUUCUUAAACAAGUUUUGUCAGGGCUGAACUUCAUGCACAGAAAUCGCAUUGUUCAUGGAGACAUAAAAGCCGCAAAUGUGCUCAUGAACGAAUUUGGCCUGCAAGUCAAAAUAGCAGAUUUCGGAUCGUGUAUUGACUUAAAUUCAAUGGAAAACAGUCGUCCACUUGCUGGAACACUCGCUUUUAUGGCACCUGAGGUCUGUCGUUCCGAGGCCCCUGCUGCAAGCGCAGAUAUUUGGAGUGCCAUGUGUCUAUUGAUUCAACUGUUGACCGCCGAGGCACCAUGGGAAGAAUAUCGUCAUCAAAGUGAUAAUUUACUGUUUGUUAUUGGCUCAGCUAAGCGUCCUCCAAGGUUACCAAAGUGCAGCGAGGAUGUUCAAGAGAUCUUCUCCAAAGGGUUGAACGUUACGGCAAAUUUAAGACCAACGGCAGCCGAGUUCCUUCGAUAUCGUGUGUUCAAUUUUGCUGAAGAAGAUCUUGAAGUGCAAGGGAACAGUGACGAAGGAAAUUCGCGUGAUAAUGGAGAUUCACGUGAUGGUGGAAAUUCACGUGAUAAUGGUAAUGGUGAAGAAGGUGCUGGUGAUAGUGACGACUCCAGUGAUUAUCAAAGCUCAGGAGAACUGGAAACGAGCAGUGAAUAUUAUAGUUCAAUCGAAGACGAGCUAGACCGCGCAGGCCCAUCUCUUCUGAGAAGAGCGAGAUGCACACGCACGAGGGAUAGAAGACACAUCGAUAAAACGGGCGGUGCGUUGAAAAUACCCAACGCUCAUGUCACCUUUCCUGUAAACGCUCUGACGAAAGAUACAAGAGUUUCUAUAACCACGAUGGAUCCGGGACAAUUUUAUCAAACCAUUAUCGACAACGAUAUUCAAGAUAAAGUGACAAUACUUGGAAACGUCUUCAAACUUCAUCCGUCGGGAUUAAAAUUUUGUAAAAACGUCAGCGUUAAAGUGACGUUGCCUGAGGCGUUGCAUCAAAGCGAGGAGUUGAGAGUCCUUCAUGGCACGUUUGAUGAAACAAGAAACAAACUAUUGUGGGUAGACAUUGAAAAAAGCACACGCGUGGUACCGUUUGAAGAUUCAGCUGUUGUCACGGUUGACAUCAACCAUUUUUCGUUGCUCAUGUUUGUGAAGAGUGUCCCUUCGUUUGCCUAUGAAUAUGUAACAACAUACCUGAAUUUUCGACCAUCUUUUUUCCGUUUUCGCGUGGUAGUUCGUCGCCAAGAGCAACGUUUGGAGGUUUGUGUUGUUCUUGUGAGCGAGUCGUUCUUCUCCAAUAUGACUUGUGAUGCAGAUCUGUUCAAAGAUCGUUCCAUCAGUCAUAAGAUGAAAGGAGAAGGCUUCUGUGAAAUGUACGGAAGCAGAAAAGAGUAUCUUAGCCCUAAAGAGAGCAUUGAAGUGAAGGUUGAGGGGUUGAUGGAGAUAGGUUCGUGUCAAACCAAACGGUACACAGUACGGAAUGUUUUUGGUGGUGAAGUGGUUGCGAGCUGGGAAUUGGAUGCCGGAGAAGACGAAGAUCAACCAAUCAGCGGAACUGUUCAGUUCAAAAGAGCUGCUGGUCAAAGCUACCGCUUUCAGUUCUGGCAACACGAUCCAACACGGUACGUCCAGGAAAAAUUGAAGUUAGAUUCUCUGAUCUAUAACAAUAUUUUAUCUCUUGGCCGAGCUUUGUCUCUAAGUCAGGAGGAGUUGGAUGGUCUGGUAGAAACGACGGGGGGAGACGAGGAAAAGCAGCUUCAGAAAAUAACAGAAACCUGGACAACUAAAGCCGAGAAUAACGAACUGCCUCGUUUUAAAGAUUUCAUCGCCUCCUCAAAUCGUGAGGCAAUCCUUGUGUCUGACCGCGGUAAGUCGCAUCUCCGUGAUAUCUCAGAGUUCAGGGAAAAAUGGCGCUCGCAAAUGGCCAGCGAGAACGAGCCUUUGGGAAAAGACCUGCUCAUUAAAACCAUGGCCGAGAGUGCUGCAAACCUUUGCCAGUCCGUUUUUAGCGACUGUGUGCUUCAAAGCGAUCAUUCUGAGGAGACUAUACGCUUGGUUAGUGAUGAAAAAAAGUUGAAGACAGUUAUGGAGAAAGUUCUUGAAACAGUCCAGCAGAAGUAUUCUCAAUCUGUAGCAACUGAGCUGAGUUCACUUAGAGAUGCAACAGUCUCUUACGAAGGUGAUAGAACCAACAGUCAGUUGUGUGAGCGUUUCUCACAGAACCUUUCUGACGUUGCUCCUUGGUUGAUGCAAAUUGUCAAGGAUUAUUUCAAAAUGCACCCAAUCACGGAGCCAACAGGAUUGUGGGGCCUGCAUAGCGAAGCCGAGCAACCGGAGAUAAACCAGCAGGGGAAAUGUGCCUCCAAAAUCUGGUAUGAUUUAUGUAAACUCUUGAAAGAGCUUUGCCAGGCGAAUUCAAGCAAUGACGAUACCUCACAGUUAGAAAUCUUUGCCCGGAAAUUAAACGUUGAAGAACUUAUCGAAAGGCUGGUACGAUUAGUGACACACAAGGAAUGGCUCUCCAUCGCUGCAAGAAUUCGUUACUACUGUCAUUUCGCUGAUAAAAUGAUGGGACAAAAACUAUCCCGAAGCCACACGCGUGAUUUGGAGAACGUUUUCGACUGUUUUCGAAAGUAUGUUUCAUUUUGCCCCACUCGUUUGGUCCAGUUUAGUUUCUCGAAUGGAAAAGUGAAAAAGGAGCCUCUUAGCUUCGAUCAAGACUCCAUUAUUUUCACUCAAAAAUGUUCAGUUUCUCUUGAAGAGAACACGACAGAACUGAGCAUGAAGGUUGAGGUUCAUAUUCGUGGUGUGAAGCUCUUUCGUGAGCUGAGCGUUCCGUUUCAGCAAUGCCCAGAAAGGGAUGAGACUCACGGGGAAUGUGCAUCAUUGACUGUUGUAUAUCAGCACCACAGCGAGGACGAAGGAUUGCUCAAGGUUACUAACGAUUGUCAACAACUUAACGAGGAACAUCGUGUACAAACAAGAGCGGAGUCGUUGCAGGUUUCAGACGAGCCUGAUGCCGGCAGUUCCACUUCCAAUAUCCAAAUAAAAGAAGAUUGUCCUGAAGAAAGUGAACUUAACGAAAUAGCGGAAGAAGUUGCGAAUGACUGGGAAAAAAUCGGCCGGAAACUGCUUUCGAAUAAAGAAGUGACUAUAGUUGACCACGAUGAAGACGGUGUGGUGGAGAAAGCAACGAGGAUUUUGGAAAAAUGGAAGCAAUCAAAAGGGAGUGGUGCGACUUACAGACUACUGUAUGAAGCAUUGGUUGAUCAAACCGUUAACAGAAGAGAUAUUGCUGAACAUUACUGUGUUGUUCCAGGUUCUCGUCGGAGAAACACAGAAUUGUAGAGAGAGAGAGAGAGAGUUACAGCAAUCCUUUGUACUUUAUCACUAACGCUCGGCCAUGUCUCGUCGGUGGCCGGUGACGAAGAUCAUUGAUGAACAGUGAUGUGUGCGUACUGCGUACUGUUAUUUUUGUACUGUUAUUUAAAAGUAUUGUCUUGUGUCAAGCUCUCGGCAGUAAAGUACAGAGUUGUUCUCAACCGGUCGCAAAGAAAAUUUAUUCAAAAUAACAUCACACUCGUAGAUAUCUCUACAUUUCUUACUUUAUGCAUUCUUUAGAAUUGAAAUAGACUCUCGUCAACCUUUUUAUUAAUUUUUUAUUAGGUUUUUACUGUGUUUUAAUGAUUUACGAGAACUUCUUACCAAAUUCUUCAUAGUGUAAACGUCCGGGAGGUGCGAAUGAUGUUUUAAUAU